ACCACGCGUGACCGCUCACCCGAACGUGACCCUCACUUCAUCUGAACUUGCCCGUUCACUGGGAAACACCGCAUCUGACGCAACCCACAUCGCACAGCCAGGAGCACCUUGUAAAUAAAUAUCAGAGACUUCUUCUGCCGUCUCCAAACGAAACCACUCCUUCAUCCGCACUCAAGAACCAGAACGAGCGCACCCUACUCUUCACACAUACACACGCAACGCACUCGCAACCAAAACCGCAAUCAUGAAGAUGAACGCUGGCAUCCUCGGCGCCCUCUUUGGCCUGGCUGGCCUGGCCUCCGCCCACAUGGAGAUGAAGAACCCGCCACCCUUCCGAUCCAAGUUCAACGACUUCACCACCGACGUCGACUACUCCAUGACCAGCCCCCUCAACGCAGGUGGCUCCGACUUCCCCUGCAAGGGCUAUCAGAGCCUGAUGGGCACCCCCCAGGGCCAGUCCGUCAUCAACUACCAGCCGGGGCAGACCUACACCUUCACCAUCACCGGCGGCACCCCCCACAACGGCGGCUCGUGCCAGGCCUCCCUCUCCUACGACAGCGGCAAGACCUGGACCGUCAUCCACUCGUACAUUGGCAACUGCCCUAUCUCCGCCGGCGACACCAACUACGACUUCACCGUCCCCAACGACACGCCCGCCGGUGAGGCCCUGUUCGGCUGGUCCUGGUUCAACCAGGUUGGCAACCGCGAGAUGUACAUGAACUGCGCCGUCGUGACCAUUGGCGGCGGCAAGAAGCGUGCCGACGUCGAUGCGCGCGCUCCUGGGGAUGCCUUCACCUCCCGUCCUGCCAUGUUCGUGGCCAAUGUAGGCAACGGCUGCGGUACUGCUGAGGGCAAAGACCUGGAGUUCCCCAACCCCGGCCCCGAUGUCACUCGCAAGACCCCCAAGGACCAGACUGCUCCUCCCACUGGUACAUGCGCGGAAGGCGCCAAGGCUCCUGAGCCUGAGCCCCAGCCUGAGCCCUCCCAGGAGCCUGUGCAGACCACGUCUGCGGAGCCCCAGCCUACCAAGACAAUGUCAGUAUCUCCCACCCCUUUCUCCUCCUCACCUUCGGUCUCUCCGACCAUGCCCUCGCUGCCUCUUUCGCCUUCCGCAAGCAAGAACAUCAGCUCACCAACAAGCAGCCCUGGCGGUGUCUUCAUUACCGUUCCUGCCAGCGACAAGCCUACCACGCUCGCCACCAGCGUCCGCACAGCCGACCCCGCGCCCACCAACGACAAUGCCGGCGGCAACGACGACGGCCAGUCUGAUGUAGGCCUCAUGGAAAUCGGCUCUGCCUGCGACCGGGAGGGCGAGUGGAACUGCAUCGACGGGGGCGCGUCGUACCAGCGCUGUGCUUCGGGCAUCUGGUCCGACCGCAUGGCGCCUUAUGCUGGUACCGUGUGCAAGGUCGGCAAGUCGGACUCUCUCAUCAUUGCUCGCGCCCGGUCGCCCGCCCCAAACUACGGCCAGGUGCUCCGUGCCUCUCGCAUCGCCGCCAGGGAGGCGCGGGCGUAAGGGGACUUUUCCCUUUUCCCAGAUUCGCUUGCUGGACGCAGCUCCUGGUGGCUGCUGGUUGAUGGAACGAAGAUGGAGGUGCAAAGUCACAACGACUGGGUCGACGACUUUUGCUCCGGGUUUCGAUUCCAGUACAUACUUUUUUUUGCUUUUCUCAUCGAAUGCGUGGGAAAAGAUUGGACAUAGUCUCUCGCUUUCUU